AUGAUGCUGCUCAAAAGACAUACCGUUACACCAUUUCCCUUGACCACUUUUGUGCUGCCAUCAGCUUCGAUAACGUCAUCGUGUCAGCUACCGCGCUGCCAUCUCCAGAAGCGCUCAUACGCCUCGGUUCAGGACAAGCCACCGAAAUGGCCUACUUCUGCAAGCCCCACUCCGUAUGAGGUCUUUGGACUUACCAAAGACGAUGUAUACACCAAAGCACGGUUCAACCAGUUGGUCAAACUCUAUCAUCCCGAUCUCCACCAUCACUCGGCCCACGAUGGCAUCCCCCAUGUGAUGAAGCUCGAGAGAUAUCGCCUCGUCAUUGCGGCCAAUGACAUCCUCAGCAAUCCUCAGAAGCGUCGACUCUACGACCUCCACCGAAUUGGCUGGGGAAAUCACACCGACCCACAUGUUGAACAUCGGGCGGCAGGGAGGUCAUGGAGGAAGGAGCCUGGGAACGCCAGCCAGAACGCCACUUGGGAAGACUGGGAGCAAUGGUACCAGGAGAGGGAUGGCAAGAAGCAAGAGCCGGUCUUCAUGUCCAACUUUGGCUUCGCCACCAUCUUGGCAUGCUGUGCUGUUGUUGGUGUCUGGACCCAGGUGGCAUAUGCCGAGAAGAAGUCGGCAAGCAUCUUGAACCUGCAAGCCCAGCAACAGGCCGUCAUCACCAGAGAUAUGAUGUCGCGCGAGAGAGCGAAAGCGGCCAUGAGCCGCGAGGGUAGGGUCGAGACAUUCUUGUUGUCACGAGAGCUUGGAAAGUCGGAAUAUGAUUUACCAGGACACGGAGCCUCAGACGGUGGAGGUGGUGAGGCCGAGGCGCCAUGA